CAUCGUUGAAGACGGUGUGAAACAACUUGAGCGUCAGAAGGGGAAAAAUUGUCGGCGAACGACAAUGGCGAAGCCAAGUAAAGCAAUAGAGAAAGAGCCUGUGGAUAUGGUUCACCAAAACGCUUUCCUUAUGGAGACAAUCCGGAAAGAACAGCAACAUCAAAAGCUUUACACCGAGUUCAAAAUCAAUCCCUUCAAAAAAUUGCAUGUUAUACCUGAUAAACCCACGGCAAGAAAAACGCAAGAAGAAGAUGAAGCGGACCCUGCUUUCCAGGAUAUCAUUCGCAAAGCACUUUCCGAACCAUCAAAGAAGUACACUCGUCCAAUGACCGAGGCUCAAGAAAUUGGAUGGAUUUACACUCCUUUGAUUGUUUCAGAUCGCUCAGACAGAAGGCUGAACUUUCCACGCCAGACUUGUGAAAUUACCAAAUACAUGGAAGCUGCCUGGAGUCUGAAGGAACAAUCUGGGAAACUUUGAUGGAAGUUUGCAGUGGAUCUUCAGCUUAUCCUGGGAAAACUGUUCCCUAAGCAGAAAUAUCCCCUGAAUAAGAUGCACUCAUUUAUUUACACAUAAAAGCAAUUAAGCAUAGCCAAUCCAACAAGUGUGUUUUUGGAUGGUGGAAGGACAGUAAUAAAACCAAGGGAAAUAUGUGAGUAGUAGCCUGAGCUCAGAACUGAACCAUGGACCUUAGAGGGGGCAGUGCCACCUAUACACCACCAUGCAGUUCUAAAAAAUACAUUCUAAAACUCAUUUUAGAAAAUUUAGUGUUGACCGUUAAAUAUGGACAAACGUUUGUGCACACUUGACCAUAAGAUUCAUGUGCUUUUUGAAGAUUCCAUUCCACAUUUAAUCCCCGAUUGCUCUACAAUAACCUCCACUCUUCUCGUAAGAUGUUUCACUAGUGUGCUUGUGGAGAUUUGUGCUCUUUCAGCCACAAGAGCGUUAAGCCAGGUACUGAUGAAGAGUGAAGAUGCCUGAGGUGAAGUCAAGUGUUCCAAUUCAUCCCAAACCAUGUAAAGCGUAUCUUCAAGAAGCUGGCUUUGUGCAAAAGGACACGGUCAUUUUGAAACGGGUUUGGGUCUUGUAGUUCAAGUGAAGCUAAAAUUUAAUGCUACCCCACUCAAAGACAUCAUGUACAAUUGUGCACCUCUGACAGUGUGGUAACAGUUUGGGGAAGAUCCACAUAUGGCUGGAAAAGUCAGGUGUCCCAAUACUUUUGUGAAUUUAGUGUAUCUCAAGCAGUAUAUAAUACACAAUGUUACAUACUGCUGCCAGUUAAUAAUGUUAGAUAAUAAAUAGAGCUCCUUUUUAGUAUCCUGUAAAAGGUAAAGUGUAGAUAAAUAAGGAAUAAAACAUUUGGAGGUGUGCUGUUAUAGAAAGAUAAUCAUCAGUGAAGUAGUGUAAUGACCUAAAGCUCAGCAGUGGGAGGUUGUAGCUCAGUGGUUUAAGCAACAGUUUUGCAAACACUUUGGCCCCUGAGCAAGGCCCCUAAACAUCAGUCACAGUGCUCUGACCCUAGCUCCUAAAAUUGCUGGAAUAUGUACAGAAAGAUUUUCACUGUGAUGUAAUAUGUCAAGUAUAAAAUGCCUUUCUUUUUUUUUUUUCUUUAAAGGUUGCUGUUAAGUAUUUUCCAAUAAAGCCAUGAAGUAUUUA